AUGUUACCUAAUUGUAGAGUUUUCAUACUAAAAACUUCUAUUAAAAAUACUGCUCGCUUUUGUCAUAAAAUAAACAAACAAAAUGACUUGAAACAACCUAAGGUGGCUCAAGAUGUUAUGAAUUACUUGGAGAGUUCCAUAGAAUAUAAGGAUAUUAUUGAUGUAAUGCCGAAGACUCUACUAAAAAAAUAUAAAACCCCUGAAACUAUGUAUUUAAUAAAUAAAAAAACAGCAAAAGAUAUUACAUCCACGAUAUUAAAUUAUUUAAACAAGGAAGCUCCUAUAGUGGAAGUUAAUCCAGGAUUUGGGUUUUUAACACAGGAACUCUUACAAUGCCAAAAAAAACCCAUCUUCUUAUAUGAAACUUCUAACCAUUUCACACAAUUUUUAAGUGAUAUUCAAAAAGAACAUCCUCGAAGAGUAAAUUUUAAAAUAGCAAACUUUUUUGGAAUGUGGAAGUUAGCUUUCCAAGAUAAAAAAGAUCAAGGAAAUAGGAUUAAUGAACUUUUAGGAGACCUGAUGACUUAUGAUACUGAUAGAAUAUUAAAUAUAAUAGGUGCAAUGCCAAGCUUAUCAUUUGUGAGACAUUUAAUAAAUACUAUUGUUUUUCAUAAUGAUACAAAUCAUUUAGGAAGACCUGACAUGUACAUUGUUAUGCCAGGACACCAUUAUGAGUUUCUUGUAGAUAGUGGAAUCCAAAUGGGCAAGCACAAAGCAGUACCAGCACUAUUUCAAUUACUUUUUGAUUUCAAGGUUUUAAAUAAAGUACCUAAAGCACAUUUUUUGCCUUGGACAUAUACCCCAUCAACAAAGAAGCUCUCAGUGAUGGACGAAUAUUGCCUAUACUUAGUGAGAAUAACGCAGAAAGAGAAAUUGCCUUGCUUACCAGAAUAUUUGCCACUAUUGUGGUAUUACUUCAAGCCUCAUACAUUCUCAAAAUCUACCAGAGUUAUACCUAUGCUUGAACAAUGGAUACCAGGAUGUGGUGUUUGGUUAAUAACUGGGCAAGAUCCACCUGACACUAAUAAAAAGCUAUCCCCGGAUGAAACUGAUGCUAAAUUGCCUCAUAUGACUAUCUUUACUGAGUUUGGUGAUUUAAAUUUACAGCAGCGAAUAACCGUUUUUAAGAGAUUCAUAUCCUGGCCAGAAUUUGAACAGUGUCCAUUUAGAGUGACCAUGGAAAACAAUUUACCAAAACUUGCCACAGCUUUAGACGACGAUGAUGACGACAAGUCUAAUAUAGGUGCUCAUAUAGAAGAGAUUGAAAGUUCUGACACUGAAAUAGAACCUGAUAAUAUU